UGCAUCAGCCUUUAUUUCCGUACUUUCUUUUAAAGCCCUUAUUGUUUAUCUCAUUAUUUGGCAAUUGUAGCACACAAGUGGCAAUCAUACGUCAUUUGAAAGAUAUAUAUAUAUAUUCUAAAUUUUAACAAGCAGUGUUACCAGCCAAUUAAAAAUGAGUUUGUUGUUGAAGCAAUUACCACUCACAUUGAUUACUUGGCGCAUCUUUUUCAGCUUGUCUAAUGCCAAAAGAUAAAAAUAUUCAUAUGGGAGAGGCAAGCAUAAAACCGCAUCAGCUGCAGCAAAGCAAUUGGGUAUUGUUCACAUUCGGACUGCUCAGAACUGAACUAAGCAGUAUAACAUGUAUCCUGCUAGUAUUUUUGAGGUUUGCAAGCAAGUUAGUGUUUUAACCAAAGAGCAUAAAACGGCUGUUGUCAACUUUACUGUUGCUGAAGUGACUGGGGAUUUAUCGAAGCAAUUCCAUGAUAUAAAGCCUUAUUUUAUCACAGCCAACAAUGCAGCGAUAAGCAUUGAACUUAUUUUGGAGGUGGUCCUUAAAAAUCUGUUUUCAAAAUACAACAUCAUAUUACUAGUCGUCGAAAUUCUUAGUGCGUGUAAUGAAAGUGGAAGAAAGCCAACGAUGGUCAUGAUUGGCGUCUUUGUUGUUUUUAGGUGCAAUGCAGCAAUGAUAGAGGAUAAUGUGGCUGUGUAGCCAGUCAAAGGAAGUAAAGCAGAAAAGUUUGAGAAAUUGCCUGAAAACCUUUGUCAAUCUCUGGUAACUUAUGGAGGCUGUAUCAUCCAUGUGGAUGAUACAUCUUGCCAUAAGCGCCGAAUUAAUCUUGUUCCAACUGCAGCAGACAAGAAGGAAACAAUUCAGCAAUGGCUAGUUUGCAAAGGG